AUGGCCUUUCCUCUCCCGCGGGGCAUCACAGCCUCGGAGAUCGCCUUUCUGGCGGAGAUGGAGACGGUGACGGUUGUACCUCGCCAGCGCCUGGAGGGCCUAGAAUUGCUCGGGGGCCCAGUUGAACCUCUUGUACCACCGCGACGCGCCUCCCUCCCCCUCUGGCUGGCCCUCCUACUUAAACGCCAGCGCCGCGCCAAUAUCAUACCCCCUUCAUGGCUACACCCAGAUUCUCUCAGUUUAAUCCUCGAAGUCGAGUCCUCACAUCAAGACUACAAGAGUGCCUUCUCUCCGCCUCCGCCGCUGCCCGGUCAGCCCGGUGUUCGAGAUCAAGGUCUCGAGCCAACUGCGCGGCCGCAGUAUACAUUAGACGGCAAUAGAUAUUACGCGGCGCCGCCUUUCAUCCCUCAGAAUACUGCGCAGACAGCGGUUUCCUCACGAGAUCCGCCUGCGUUGCCAUACCAUUGGGUUGAGGUUGGAAACAUGCUGCUCGACGCGGCGAGCGACGACUUAGUAGACCCGGAUCAGAUCCGACGGUUACUAAAAGACCUGCGUGAAGUGCGGAUGGCCAAGAUGAGAUCCGGAGUGGAUGUGCUUGACGAUGCUGCGAUAGGCGGAGGCGGAGUUGCGCUGACGGGUGUUGGUGCAAUGGAAUUGGGCGAAGAGCGAGGGUUCUUGACCGGUGUGGUAGAUGGUCUUCGCAAAAUUGGCGCAUCCAAAGAACAAGCUCGCCGAGAACAACUGGCCGAACAAAGAGCCAACGGUGGCUACGAUGGAACCCAAGACGAGGAGGAAGAAGAUUAUAUGGAGUUUUAA